AUGUUCAAGAGGCUUUGCCAGUGGCUGAUUUUUUUGUGGUUUCUCACAUUUUCCGAGUCACUCGCGUUGUCAAAAAGGGCAAGUUGGAGGAUGAUGAGGAUGCGCCACGUCCUGGGAAAAAAGAAGCACCUGUGCCUGACCACCGGCACCUCCAGUGGCAAGUCUUUGGCGUUUGCGUUGCCGAUCCUGGAGGCAUAUCGAAGAGACCCAAACUCAAAGGCAUUGGUGCUCUUCCCGACGAAGGCACUUGCGCAGGACCAGCUUGGGAAACUGCAAAAGCUCUUCCAGCAGGUUUGCCCCGGUCUCGGCGUAUGCACUUUUGACGGAGACACGCCCAAAGAUGACCGAGCACGCCUGUUGAAAAGCAGCAAUGUCUUCCUGACCAAUCCGGAUAUGCUGCAUUUCACCAUCCUAUCAUCACACUUGAAAUGGCGGCAUGUGCUCGAAAAUCUGCGUCACGUAGUCCUUGAUGAGGCGCACGUCUAUCGAGGAAGCUUCGGCUCUCACGCUGCGCUGCUCCUGCGCCGCUUUCGGAGAGUGCUGAAGCACUACAAGACCUCGCCCUUGUUCAUUGCCUGCUCAGCAACUAUGUGCAAUGCUGGAGCUUUUUUCACGAAGCUGCUAGCGCUUGAACCAGGGGAAGAGGUUUGCGUGGUGGAUGAAGACACCGCUGGCCGGGGCGACCGGCAGUUUUGCCUUUGGAACCCGCCCCUGUUGGAGGCCUUGCCAGGCCAGCCGAGCCGAGAAGAGCAAAACGCUCGGAAGCGAGCCCGCCACAGUGAGCGCGAAGGGCCGCAGGCUGCACCGCGCCUGCCUCCGGGUGUGGGUUACAAAACACGAUCAUCACCCUAUGAAGAAGCAGCUUGGCUGCUGGCGCAGGCAGCCCGAAGGGGCCAUCGGACGGUCUGCUUUUUGCAGGUUCGUGCAUUGGUGGAGAUCAUUCUCCAGGCUUCUCUCAAGCAUUUGGACGAUCGCCCAGAUUUGCAAGCUCGAAUCGCUGGCUAUCGUGGUGGCUACGCUGCUGUGGAGAGGAGGAAGCUGGAGCGCCGGCUCUUCACGGGUGAUUUGCUUUGUGUGAUUGCCACGAAUGCUUUGGAGCUUGGCAUCGAUAUCGGCGACCUGGACUUGACCCUGCAUGUGGGUAUUCCGCAUACAGUGGCGUCCAUUUGGCAGCAAGCUGGCCGUGCAGGGCGACGUGGACGCCCAUCAGCAGCGAUCCUCAUUGCCAUGGAUGCGCCAUUGGAACAACACUUCUGCAGAAAUCCUGAUGAGUUUUUUUUGAGGUCCAUUGAGGCGCGUGUGCCUGACACUUCCAACGAGCUUCUUCUCAAGGGCCACCUUCUUUGCGCAGCUGCAGAGCUCGCCCCCCUAUCAAGUGCCGAUGCCCACAGAUGGUUUGGGGAGACAGCCACGAUCCUCGAUGAGCUGCUGCGCGAAGGUCGUCUUGUCUCACAAGUACGACAGCAGCCUGGCACCAACACAGAGGUUGGCAUGUUGAUGCGAGUCACGCAAGGCAAAGGCCGGAAGGCUCCGAAGGAAGAGGUGAGCCUGCGAGACAUCGACCCUGUGCAGUUCCAGGUGGUGAUUCGAGGCAACAGUUCUCCACUGGAGACGUUAGACCAAAAGCAGACUUACAUGAGAUUGCAUCCGGGAGCAAUUUAUCUCAACCAGCAGACUUCCUACUUUGUGGAAGAGCUCGACUUGACCAAGAAGAUCGCGUGGGUGAUCCCAAGGGAUUCCAGAAAGAUCGAGUACUACACCGAAUGCCGUGAGCACGCCAUGAUCAAUUUGGCUGGGGGUGGUUCGGCCCGGGCUGCCGUCCUGCCGCGUGCGGCCGGAGCUGAGGUGCUUUCAGCCACUCCGGUGGUACGAAGUUCACAGGCGACAGCUCACUGGCGCAUGUACGGUUUCCGGAAGAAAUCCAAGAAGGAUCACAGCAUCAUGGACCUGGUGGAGUUGACCCUUCCACCUGUUGAGACCUGA